AUGCCGAUGCUGUACGUUAGAAAGGUCAAUAAGAUUGCAUGGUUGAGGCGGAGGUUCCUUUGCGUCGCUGUUCUCUGUUCGGUGGCUGUUGUGUUGUUUGUGCUCUUAACUGUGCUGCCGUCGUACAGUACUGCUGGCGAUGACGCACGCGGUCUGGUCUUGGCGUCCGACCUGAAUUCUCUGCCACAUGGGACCUCCCACAGACUGAAGGAGUGCGAUGAGCCGCGCCGCAGUUUUCAGCCAAUGGGAAACUUUGUGUUCUGGGGGAGGGUCAUGAACACAUCCGCGCCCUGCCCAACAUCGGGCAUGAAUAACCAGCUCAUGAUGAUCAUGGGGAAACUGCAUUGCUUUGCCGUGAACGAGUCGAAGCACAGUUUCCCUGCUGGGGGUGCGUCGCCCGUGGCCCUUUUCAAGUGGAAGGAUAUUUCAUGCUCUCCAACCGGUGGGAAAGAGGGGAGACAGCGCUACGCGGUCGGGGGAGAGGACUAUGCGUAUUCGUGGUUCCGCUGGAGCGAGUUGCUGGACUUCGCGGAUGUGCGUUUGCGCUUGGGGAGUGGCGAUGCUGUCGGGCACGCCGGCGUCAACCUGCUGUCGAACGGUGAGGACAGCAACGCACGCGUGAUGCAGGAGCGCGCUUCUGAGGAGCACAUAACUCGCGUCUGCCUCUCUGAUACAUACAGCUGGAGCGAGCAGCCGGCGCUCGCUGCGUGCCCCGCGUCGGUGGACCACAUAUGGGGCACGCCUGUGUACUGGGAUCUGCGCCGGUCGCUGCAGCUGCACCCGUGGUUCUACCGCGCCGCGGUGGACUUCCUGCGGCGGCAGGGUGUGGCGCGGGCGCCGUCGCAGGAGCACCUGCACACCAUGAUGGCACUCCACGUGCGUCGCGGGGACUACCAGAAGUUUUGUAGCGAAAACGCGCGCGGUAGGGGGCGCCACAAGUACCGCGUGCCGCCAUUUGUGUACUUGAAGCGCCGGCAGCACCCGAACGUCACAGUCAUCGGGAACAGCUUCGAGGAGGCGUGCUUCCCCAGCCUGCAGCACGUCGUGGCGGCGGUUGCACGAGUGGCGGCGACGCACGCACACAUCACGACGGUGCUGCUCGUUACAAACGCGGCGUCGUUCCGGCAGAAGUUGGCGAAGGCGCUGCGGAGCCGCCCCGACACGAGUAACUUGACGCUGCUCAGUUUUGUUCCGGCGUCGUCGGAACAGCAAGACGGCGAGCACCCGCCGCCGUACUGGCUGCGACACGCCACGUACUAUACCACCGCCGAAGCCGCGUGGAUGGACACGACGCUUAUCUCCCUGGCGCAGGUCAUGGUGCUGAACCGCUACAGCACAUUUAGCCACUCUGCGGUCGACGUGCACAUACUACGCGAGACACGGCUCGCGGCAAAUCUCUUCUGGUGGUAG